AUGUCGGCGAUUCUGAGUUUACCUGAGGAUACAGUUUACUCUCCUGACUUCCUCACUCGUCUCGUCACUGCCCUCGCCAUUGCCCUCGCCAUCGCUGAAUCUCCCUCCCCCCCUUCGCCGACCACCUGCCACUUCUUCUCCAUCCCUACCCCCUUUCCCCUCCUCUUCCGCCUUUCCUCUCACACCUCCUUGAGGCCCCGUGCCAGCCACAAGGGUCUCACAGGCAAGGAGCUCGACAAUGUCAUCAAUGACCUCAACAGCAAGGACCAGUACAACGGUACCCUGCACCAGUUCAUCAAGGACACGCUCAAGAACUGCAGCACGUGCUUAUUGAAGGCGAAGGUCGUGGGAGGAGGAGAUAACAACCGGCCUCUCCCCGAGCUCAACAGCGGCGGGUGCGCCACCAAUGAAAACGAGUCGCGGCUCUAG